AUGGCUGAUUCCCUGAGUCGCGCGUAUCUGACGCCUAAGGAAGCUACUGAGGAUCAGGAAGAUGUCAUGACAGUCUCAGAUACUAGAUCUCCAACAGAGAUAGAAGCAGAGCAAGUGAACAUGCUACAGUAUCUUCCGGUCAAAGACGAAACUCUUCGCCAAAUCCAAAACCUUACUCAAGAAGACGCUAUCCUCAAGACCCUUGCUUGCGUCAUCAAACAAGGCUGGCCAGAAAGUAAGCUCUAUCUCCCACUGGAAGUUCAAGACUACUUUCUAUUCAAAGAAGAACUUGAUCUCCUAAAUGGAGUUAUUUUCAGAGGAGACCGUGUUGUCAUACCGUUUCAAAUGAGAGCUAAACUCAAAAGAAAGCUACACUCCAGUCAUCUGGGAAUACAAGCAGGCCUGAGACGGGCACGGGAAGCGUUCUGCUGGCCUGGUGUGUACAAAGAGAUUGAAGAACAUGUCUCCCCCUGCCAAGUCUACAAGUCACACCACCAAAGGCAGCAGAGGGAGCCCAUGAUCUCACACCCAGUACCAUCAAGACCGUGGCAGGUCCUUGCCGUUGAUCUCUUUGAGCUCCAGGGCCAGGAUUACUUUGUCACCACUCAUUAUCACUCAAAUCUCUUUGAAGUGGAUAAACUUGCUAGUAAGACAUCAAAAGAAGUAAUUGAAAAGCUCAAGCCUCAUAUGGCAAGACAUGUAAUCCCGGACAAGAUAGUAAGCGACAACGGCCCCCAAUUCAGCUCACAGGAAUUUCAGACGUUCAAAGAAUUAUAUGAGUUUGAUCAUGUAACAAGCUCCCCCACCUACCCGCAGUUAAAUGGCAAGACGGAAAACGCGGUAAAGACUGUGGAGCGAAUCAUGCUCAAAGCCUCAGAGGCUGGCAGUGAUCCCUACUUGGGUUUCCUUGACUCUCGCAACACCCCCACGGAAGGGCUAGGAACGUCUCCACCUCAGCGCCUCUUUGGCCGCCGUACCAAAACCCUCCUACCUACCUCUGGGCGACUACUAACACAACCUGAAUUUCACACCACUUCCCAGUUUAUUCAGGCCCAAAAGAACAAACAAGCCUUCUAUUACAACAAUGGCACCAAAGAACUCCAACCACUUGAGCCAGGGAGCACCGUACGUAUCAAUCCACCAAAAUAUAAACAACAAUGGACCCAAGCAACGGUUCACAAACAAGUUGGUGUACGCUCAUACCAAGUUACCACUGACGACGGACGGGUGCAUAGUAGGAACCGCCGACACCUGCGUCUCACAGCCGAACUCCCUAAACAAUCACCUCUUGACAUAGAGAUACCUAGCUCCGAUCGUGGUCCCCUGCCCCUGACCAAAGUUGAACAGGUACCAACAGUCGUGGAAUCAAAGCCCCAAGAGAUGGUCAAGCCACAAGCAACACCGAACCCUCCAGCUGAUGACGUAACGAGUCCAGAAAGAUGUAGCGCGCGGGGAAGAGUCCUACGUAGACCAGCAUACCUCCGUGCCUAUACAUGCUGA